GUGACAGGGUCCGUGACAGCCGCAGGCUCCGCCGCCUGGCUCGGCUCCCUUCUUGCCCGCACCAGGGCCUCGCCGCUGGCUCCGCUUCCCGCCCAGCUCGCGCCAUGAAGUGGAUGUUCAAAGAGGACCAUGCGCUGGAGCACAGAUGCGUGGAGUCGGCAAAGAUCCGCGCCAAAUACCCUGACCGUGUCCCGGUCAUAGUGGAGAAGGUAUCAGGAUCUCAGAUUGUUGAUAUUGACAAGAGGAAAUACUUAGUUCCGUCUGACAUCACUGUGGCCCAGUUUAUGUGGAUCAUCAGGAAGAGGAUUCAGCUGCCCUCUGAGAAAGCAAUAUUCCUCUUUGUAGACAAGACUGUCCCACAGUCCAGCUUAACUAUGGGACAACUUUAUGAGAAGGAGAAAGACGAAGAUGGAUUCUUAUACGUUGCCUACAGUGGAGAGAACACCUUUGGUUUCUGAAUGGUGGAUCUUGGCUACUAUAUCAUCCUGCUGUGCACCUUGUAAAUAGCUGAUCAUUUUCUGUUCUGACAUCCACAGAAGUUCCUUCUCUAUACAUGCAUUUGUAACUGGAUUUAUUUCCUAACAAUAGACAGGUCUUUUAUUAGACGGUUAAAUUAUGAAAAAAAGGUUUUUUUGUGUUUUUUCUCAUGGCUAUGAAUUCCUAGAGCCUCAUUCCUUUGGAAGUUACAUCUACACAUUGAUUAAAUAAUAAAGCUAAGUAGUUGGGCUUCUAAAAUAUGGAAAGAAGAAUGCACAUUUAUUCUGUUUUCAGAUGUUAAGUUUAUGAAAAAUAAAAGCGUUGCAUUAGUAUUGAGAACACUGGAGUUGCUAGAUUAUCGUAAGCAGUAGCAAGAUGUUGAUCAUGUUAAAACUGCACUAGUAUGUACCUCUUUCUCACUUAACAAACAAUAAAAAUUCCUACCACGGA